GGGGGGUCCCCAAGUUAGGCCACCCCAGGAGAAGGAGGGGGGACGAGUUUACCUCCCCGCUGCGAGGGGCGAGCUGCCGAGGAGCCCCCACAGGGGACGUGGCCCCCUCCCCGGGGGCCUGCGCCCCACGUCUGUGGGUCAGGAUGGCCUGGGCCCUCAAGCUGCCGCUGGCCGAUGAGGUGAUCGAAUCCGGACUGGUGCAGGACUUCGAUGCCAGCCUGUCGGGCAUCGGGCAGGAGCUGGGUGCUGGAGCCUACAGCAUGAGGGAUGGCUGCCGUCCCCGCUGGGUCCUUUCCCCUCGGAUGAGAAAUCCUUCUGCGGGAGGAGGAAACGCCGUUUCUCUGCUAAUUGAGCUGGAGCGUGUCCUCCGGGUUGUCGACGUCCUCGCCCUGCCCAUCUUCAAGCAGGAAGAAUCCAGUUUGCCCCCUGAAAACGAGAACAAAAUCCUGCCUUUCCAGUACGUGCUGUGCGCUGCCACCUCCCCCGCCGUCAAACUCCACGACGAGACCCUCACUUAUCUCAACCAAGGUCAGUCCUAUGAAAUCCGGAUGCUGGACAACAGGAAAAUCGGGGAGCUGCCGGAGAUAAAUGGGAAACUGGUCAAGAGCAUAUUCCGGGUGGUGUUCCAUGACCGGCGGCUGCAGUACACGGAGCACCAGCAGCUGGAGGGCUGGCGGUGGAACAGACCUGGGGACAGGAUAUUGGACAUCGAUAUCCCCAUGUCCGUGGGCAUCAUCGACCCCAGAGCAAACCCCACCCAGCUCAAUACGGUGGAGUUUCUGUGGGAUCCUUCAAAGAGGACUUCUGUGUUCAUCCAGGUUCACUGCAUCAGCACGGAGUUCACCAUGCGCAAGCACGGAGGAGAAAAGGGGGUUCCCUUUCGGGUCCAGAUUGACACCUUCAAGGAGAACGAGAACGGGGAGUACACGGAGCACCUCCACUCUGCCAGCUGCCAGAUCAAGGUCUUCAAGCCCAAAGGAGCCGAUCGGAAGCAGAAGACGGACAGGGAAAAGAUGGAGAAGAGAACACCUCACGAGAAAGAGAAAUACCAGCCUUCCUACGAGACCACGAUACUCACCGAGUGCUCUCCCUGGCCAGAGAUAACGUACGUCAACAACGCUCCGUCCCCCGGCUUCAACAGCUCGCACAGCAGUUUCUCCAUUGGCGAAGGCAAUGGCUCCCCAAACCAUCAGCCCGAGCCACCCCCUCCGAUCACAGAUGUAAGUCACACCUCCGAGCUUAUGCUUGUGAACCUCUUGCCCACCAGCACCCCCCAGGAGGCCCAGCAGUGGCUGCACCGAAACCGUUUCUCUACUUUCUCUCGCCUUUUCAGGAAUUUCUCAGGUGCAGACUUGCUGAAGCUGACCAGGGAAGACGUGAUCCAGAUCUGCGGCCCUGCGGACGGCAUCCGCCUCUUCAACGCCUUAAAAGGACGGAUGGUGCGGCCCAGACUGACCAUCUACGUGUGCCAGGAGUCCCAGCAGCUGAGGGACCUCCAGCAGAAACACGAAGAUGGGGAUGCCGUCACCAGUACUUUUUUUGUCUACCAUGCUAUUUAUCUGGAGGAGCUGACGGCGGUGGAGCUGACGGAGAAGCUGGCCCAGCUCUUCAGCAUCUCCUCCCAACAGAUCAGCCAGAUUUACAAGCAAGGUCCUACAGGGAUCCACGUGCUCAUCAGUGAUGAGAUGAUCCAGAACUUCCAAGACGAAUCCUGUUUCGUUCUGGACACCAUGAAAGCUGAAACCAAUGACAGUUACCACAUCAUCUUAAAAUAGAGAGGAGGAGGAGGAGGAUCACCCGCCAUCCUCUCGUCCUGCAUGAAGACCCUUCGCUUCCAGCACAAAGGACACGAGCAGAGAUCUGGAAACUUCUGGGCACCCUCUGGAAAGCCCCCGAGCCCUUGGUUCCUCGGGUUUUUCUUUCUUGGAGGGGACCUCCUUGCUCUGAACAGCCGUUAAUGAUAACGUGCUGCUUAAUUGCUGGAACUCCAAGGCUUUGAAGUGACCGGAGGUCGGUAGAAAUUUGCCCUUGGGACCUAAAAACCCUUCGUGAGGGCUUCUUUUAUGGCUCUGCUUUUCUGAGAGGCAUCAGCUCAUGGACUGGCAAGAGAAGAUGAAUUCAACUGGCCCAAAAAAGGCCCUCGGGCACGUGCCGAGCUGAGCAGGUCUCCAAACCCGCUGUGUACUGGUGCUGCUGGAGUGGGAAGGUGGGGCUGGGUUUUCUUAAACGAUUAUUAAUUAUUUUAUUUUUUUUUUUAAGCUUUCAUUUAAUAUUACAAGGAUGUCUGGUAGAGGAAGGCAGCGACUUGGUUUUUCUCCACGUCCACCUUCCCUCACGCUGGGGGGACGUCACUCAGGAGCUUUAUAGACAAUUUUUUUUGUGUAAAGCUGGAGCAAAACAUGGAGUCGGAUAAAGAACUGGGUGGACUGGUUUGGAGUCUGUGGGCUGCUUCUCUGCGUGUCUUAGGGAGGGAAAGAAAAAAAAAAAAGGCUUAACUUUUAUCUCUCCUGAAAAACUUUGAGUGGUUUCUACCCUCUGCCUCGUUUUCUGCUCCUGCCUCCCCCUGCCCAGCCUCCGGAGCUGCCCCAGCGCUGGUGGGGCUCCUCCCUGCCCCGAGGAAGAGAAGGACAGCGAGUCCGAAGGGUUAUUUGGAAGCUGAUGGUGACAAAAGUGCCUCUGUGCAAGUUUCCAGGAGAACAGUGAAGGAUCUGCCCUGUCCUGUGGGUGAUAGAUCCUCUUCUCCAUCCGUAAGAUCCUCCAGCAGAGACUGAGAUGCCCGGGGCAACGCCUGCCUCGAACCGUCAGCGCUAUCCCGGGAUGUUUUCAGCCAAAAAAUUGGGGAAAAAUACAAAAAAUACAAAUACAGUCGCGACGGCCACAUCCCUGCUGCGGGAACAGCAGCUGCUCUUCUGGGUCUGGAAGCCACGAGGGACACUAUUACCACCAGGAAGGGCACCGGUCCCACCAUGAAGGAUGUUGGUGAAGGACGCCGGUCCCACCAUGAAGGUUGCUGGUCCCACCACGAAGGAUGCUGGUGAAGGGUGCCAGUCCCACCAUGAAGGGUGCUGGUGAAGGGCAUUGGUCCCACCAUGAAGGACGCUGGUCCCACCAUGAAGGGCACUGGUGAAGGGCGCCAGUCCCACCACUAAAGGCGCUGGUCCCACCAUGAAGGGCGCUGGUGAAGGACACUGGUCCUACCAUGAAGGACGCUGGUGAAGGGUGCCGGUCCCACCAUGAAGGGUGCCAGUCCCACCACAAAGGAUGCCGGUGAAGGGCGCCGGUCCCACCAUGAAGGAUGCUGGUGGAGGUUGCUGGUCCCACCAUGGAGGAUGCUGGUGAAGGGCACCAGUCCCACCAUGAAGGACGCCAGGUCCCACUCUGAAGGUUGCUGGUCCCACCUUCCUCGGCUCGCUGUCAUCUUGGGGAUGGACUCAAGAUACCUGACACAAAUCGGAGCCAGUUCAGGUCUGGUCAAAGCUUCCCGUCCUCGGCCUGUGCUGGCCCAGCUCUUGCCACCGCUUCUUGGGACCUUCCCGGUGCAACCGGCCCUGACGUGUCCCCGUGUCCCUUUGGUGUCGCCUGUGACGCUGCUGGCAGCUCCCGUUCCAGUGCUGGAGGGUCUGCAGCUCCCCAAAAUGCUUCUUCAGGAUGGCGGUGGCUCCUUCAACCCCCCCUGCAUCCUGGGCUGGGCAGGGGCAGGGCUGGCGAGGAACCUCUUCAUCCAGGGAUCCCCCUUCAUCCAGGAUCCAUUUUCAUCCAGGAUCCUUCACCAGGGGACACACAAAGGCUCUGACUCAUAAUUCCAGUGGGAAGGAGGUAGCUGCUGAGGUUUGGAGACACCUCAAUUCUCUAACUCCAGGUCCUGAGCCACCGUGGGUCCUGCCCGGAGCCCCCAAAUCCUUGGCAUGUCGCUCGGGGGUAAAGAUGCCAAGAAAAAUCAUUUAAAAAACAAAAAAAAUAGAAUAAUUUUGCUGGCUUCUCCCCCCUGAACGCUGAGGAGCAGCCUCCUGGUUGGCCUCUCACUUCUUGUCCUCGUUUUGGCACCUCCACUCCAACGAAAAUGCAGUGAAAUUAUUUUAAUUUCUCUCUGAGAUGAUCUGAAUUUUAA